UAUACUACGGACGAUUUGAUUGGCCACGUCCCCUGCCUCGACUGUGGGGAUAAUCCUCAUCAUUUCAAGACCCAACAUCGUCUCCGCAACACCAUGGACUUCGCGCACUUGCUCCCGCCUACAUGGAAGAAGAACGUUCAGCUUUGGCUCGAAGAUGACAUCCCGUCCUAUGACGUUGGUGGCUUUGUCGUUGGUGAGACCGACCAAGUAGCAUACUUGCUCGGCAAGUCGCAUGGCGUGCUCGCUGGCGUUCCCUUCUUCACAGCUGUGUUCGAAGCGGUCGACUGCAAAGUGGAGUGGCAGGUUCCCGAAGGGUCCGUGAUUGAUCCAUCGACCGUCGCGUCGGGGAAGGUCGUGGUGGCCAAAGUGUCUGGCAAGUGCCGCAACAUUCUCUUGGGCGAACGCACUGCACUCAACAUUCUCACGCGCGCCAGUGGUAUUGCCACCCAAGCUUCCGCGGCGGUCAAGGUGGCGCGCGGACUGGGCUGGCACGGACACGUGGCCGGUACACGCAAGACCACGCCUGGCUUUCGUGUGGUGGAGAAGUACGCGUUGUUGGUGGCUGGGGCCAGCACCCAUCGCAACGAUCUGUCCCAAAUGGUCAUGCUCAAAGACAACCACGUGUGGGCAUCCGGCAGCAUCACGAACGCGGUCAAGAAGGCCAAGACGGCCGCGGGGUUUUCAAUGAAGAUUGAAGUCGAAUGCCGCAAGCUGGAAGAGGCUGUCGAAGCGGCGCAUGCUGGCGCCGAUAUUGUCAUGCUCGACAACUUUGAGCCCCCGCAACUCAAGCAAGUGGCGGCCACGUUGAAGCAACAGUUCCCGCACCUGUUGAUCGAAGCCAGCGGUGGCAUCACUAUCGACACGAUGGGCGACUAUGUAUCUCCUCAUGUGGACAUCAUCAGCCAGGGCAAACUGACCCAAGGGUAUGGGUUUGUGGACUUUUCGUUGAAGAUUCAAAAAAGCGAAGGCAUUCUCGCCGACUAAUAAGUGUGUUGGUUGUUAGUAGUGCUAGACAAGAAUCAAAUGUAGUACUACUACAACUACUCGUACGUUUAUUUUGGC